GGUACCGGGAGUGCGCGCAGUCCAGCCCUAGCGCAGCUGAUGCUCUCGCGGUUGCCACAGCAGCGCGCGGGUUACCAUGUGACGCAUGCGUUGCGCUCGCUACACGAUCCGGGGCCAUAACAAUACGUGCGUCUAUAUCCCUGCGUCGCUCUCGCACCCACGCCUUGCUUUCGGUAUGGCGGAUGGCGAGCGGUCCCCGUUGCUAUCAGAUCUCGGUGAUGGAGCCCUCGGCAGCGGCAACGGUGGGGUGUCUCCGGGAGCAGGUCCGUAUGGCGUACCGAACAAACCGCAAAGUUUUUCCUCUUUCCCGAGCCCCCCCCAGUCGUCGGUGCUGCUGGGGGAGGACCCUCCGCCGUACUCCCCCCUCACCUCCCCCGAGAGCGGCAGCGCGCCCGUCAUCUCCUGCCGCGUGUGCCAGAGCGUCAUCAGCGUAGAGGGCAAGAUCCACCAGCACGUCGUCAAGUGUGGCGUCUGCAACGAGGCUACGCCCAUAAAGAAUGCUCCAGCAGGGAAGAAGUACGUGCGCUGCCCCUGCAACUGUCUGCUCAUCUGCAAGGUGACGUCCCAGCGCAUCGCCUGUCCACGACCCUACUGUAAAAGGAUCAUUAACCUGGGCCCGGUCCACCCUGGUCCAGCCAGCCCAGAGCCGCAGCCUGCGGGCGCACGUGUGUCCUGUGGUCACUGCAACAACACCUUCCUGUGGACAGAGUUCACCGACCGGACGCUGGCCCGCUGCCCCCACUGCAGAAAAGUCUCUUCGAUUGGCCAGAGGUACCCUAGGAGGCGGAGUCUGUGGUGUUUCCUGCUCUGCUUGCUCUUCAGCAUCUCAACUGCUGGAUUGAUAGCGGGGACGUGGGUGCAGGCGCGGGAGUACCGUGGGAUCUACGCCUCGUGGGCCGCGCUGCUGCUGCUGGUGCUGCUGACGCUGGGACGAGGCCUCUACUGGGCAUGCCUGAGGGUCAGCCAGCCCCUCCACAACCUCACAUAGAGAGCAGGAGAG